UUUUUUUUUAUUAUUAUUGGGCUUUUUUCUUUUCUUGGGCUUUAUUUUUUUUUUUUCCGCUAAUAAUAAUAAUAAAUAAACAAUAUGGAUCAGUCAAUAAGUGCGCCACAGCCAAUGCAUUUUUCACCUGGGUUACAUUAUAGUAGUAAUAGUAGUAGUAAUAAUAGUAGUCAAACAGAGAUAACGAAUGCCUUUACGGUACCCGAUAAUUUUCAAACGACCGAAAAAGUAAUGACAACACCUAAAUCCAACUCUUGGUUUAAUACAACUGCUUUCAGACCAAGUAACAAGGCAAUUCGUAGAGUUGCUUCUGCUCCCAAUGCAAACAAUAUUCAGACAUUAUCCAAACCUUCCUCAUUACAAUAUUUACAAGGAGAAGAACAACAUUUCGAACGAAUGAAAUUAUGUAAAAGAACUUAUUCGUCUGCCAGCAUUAAAGUAAGACAAGUCGAAGUAGGUCCAUCUAGUUUUGUCAAGGUUCGAAUGUUGGGAAAAGGUGAUGUAGGAAAAGUUUACAUGGUUAGACAAAAAGGCACUGAUAAACUAUUUGCCAUGAAAGUCUUAUCAAAGAAAGAAAUGAUCAAAAGAAACAAGAUCAAACGCGCCUUGGCUGAACAAGAGAUUUUGUCUACUUCAAAUCAUCCUUUCAUUGUUUCAUUAUAUCAUUGCUUUCAAAGUCAGGAGUAUCUUUACUUUGUCAUGGAAUACUGUAUGGGAGGUGAAUUCUUUCGAGCGUUACAAUUGAGACCAGGUAAAUGUUUGAACGAAGAAGGCGCAAAAUUCUAUGCAGCCGAGGUUACUGCAGCUCUGGAAUACCUUCAUCUUCAAGGACAUAUUUACCGAGAUCUCAAACCAGAAAAUAUCCUGUUGCAUCAGAGUGGGCAUAUCAUGUUGACCGAUUUUGAUCUUAGUAAAGGCUCAAGUCCACCUGGUAGACCUGGUGUUGUAAAGUCAAAGUCUCCUAAUCAGCCUCCUUCCAUCGAUACCAAAAGCUGUGUACAAGGCCUUCGUACCAAUAGUUUUGUUGGCACAGAGGAAUACAUUGCUCCUGAAGUGAUUAAAGGGUGUGGACAUACCAGUGCUGUGGAUUGGUGGACAUUAGGUAUUCUUAUUUAUGAGAUGCUGUAUGGUACAACUCCAUUUAAAGGGGCUGGUCGUAAUGAUACAUUUGCCAAAAUCCUUCAUAUCGAUGUUAAUUUCCCUUAUCAACCUGAACCUCAUAAUGCUAGUAUCACCAACGCAGGAAAGAAUUUAAUACGUAAAUUAUUACACAAGGACGAGAAUUGUCGACUUGGAUCCCGUGCAGGCGCGGCAGAUGUCAAACAACAUGUGUUUUUCAAAAAUAUCAACUUUGCAUUAUUAAGAAAUAUGACACCACCUAUUAUACCGGCUACUUCCAAUGGUAUGGAUGCAGUCAACUUUAGAAAAAUUCAAGAAAGUACCAGUUUGGAUCUGGAAGCUGAUGGAUUAAAAGUCAUGGGCUCUGUAGAGAAAUCAAACCCCUUUGAAAAGUUUGACUCUUUAACCUUGUAUCAUACUGGCGAUUCUGAUUCCGAAGUAGAAAACUUAUAAUACCCCAAGCCUACCCAACUCACUCACACAAAACACCUUCAAAUUAAUUAAUACCGUCUUCUCUAAUACAAUAAUUAAAAAUACUUAAUCUAAUAAAUCUUAAUCUCAUGACGCAUAAA